AUGCUCUGUGACUUGCCCCUGGCUUUGCUGGUGUGGGCUAGUGAGUACCACGGCGCUCUACACUACAACGUGUAUGCGCACAUCACGGCGACACCCCACACAUAUGUGUCCCGCCAACAUCGACUGCCGCCGUCGUCGAGGCUGUCGUGCCUUGUGAUACGCUGCCAAGCAAGUCCGAGGUGGAUUUCACAAUGCCGUGACGGUGCCACAGGUUGCAGAUUGCAUUGCAGACAGAGUCCGGUGGAGUUUAGGGGACCGAGAGGACCUACAACAAUCCGGGGCUUCGGGAUCUGGACGGCCACUUGUUCGAACCUCAAUGAAAGGGAUCAGCAUCCGGCCAUCCUACAUCUCAAGGCUUCCAAGGCGGCUCCCCACGGGGCAAUUGCUCGCCGGAGAAUGUGA